AUGGAGCAAAACGGAUCCGACUCUUACCAAAACAACUCAAUCAACGGUGACGACGAGUCGGAGCAGGAGAUCGGUGGCGGAGAUCGGUGGUGGCGGCGGAGUCGAGAAGACGACGUGAAUUGUGAUGGCACAACCUCUCGACGGCUUCUCCUCUCAGGAACAACGACAGGAUCACAGUCCGGUGCGGAUUCACGUGCAGGCGCGUUGAGAUCGGCGGUAGCAGCAACGGUGGCGGAGCUCUCUCGGUUCCGGCAGCGUUUCACUUCAGCAGUGAUAUAUCAUGGUUUUUAUGGGUUUUUCAUCAUGAUAUAUGUCUUGUAUAUAGAGUCUUUUUGGUAUUUUUAG